GCCAGCCCCGACGAGAUGCUGCUCGCCGUGCGCGCCAUCACCUACCUCUGCGACGCCAUGCCGCGCGCCGCCGACGCCGUCGUGCGCCACGGCCUGCUCCCCGUGCUCUGCUCCAGGCUCCUCGCGAUCGAGUACCUCGAUGUGGCUGAGCAGUGCUUGCAGGCCUUUGAGAAGAUAUCACGCAGGAAGCCGACACAGUGCUUGCAGGCGGGCAUGAUAACCGCCGUGCUGGCCUACAUUGACUUCUUCGCCUCAAGUAUUCAGAGGGUUGCUGUCUCAGCUGUUGCGAAUGUCUGCAAGAAGAUCCCCACAGAGUGCUCCCAGUUUGUGAUCGAUUCGGUGCCGAUGCUGUGUAAUCUGCUGCAGUCUGAGGACAAGAUGGUCGUGGAAAAGGUUGCGACUUGCUUAAUAAGCAUUGUGGACUCUUUCAGUGGUUCUGUGGAGCUUCUUGACCAGCUCUGCCACCAGGGCGUGGUAGAGAAGGUCCUUCCUUUGAUCAACACCAGUGGAAUCACUUCCCUUAGUCCGUCGACUUGCAGUAACUUGAUCGGGCUUCUUGCUAAGCUAGCCUGUACUUCACUUGUGGCAGUCAAGUCUCUCUUUGAGUUGAAUGUUGGUAGCACCAUAAGGGGGAUUCUGGUCAGUUCAGAUCUCUCCCAUGGGAUGCCUUACCUGCCUUCAGAAAACCAGAAUAACCAGGUCAAUGAAGCUUUGAAAUUAGCAAUCCAGCUUAUUCCUUCUGUGGCAAGAGAUGUUGAAGACACCCAUAUGGUACUUGCAAAAGAAAAAAUAAUUGUGGAUGAACCGCGGUUCUUGUGUCAGUUCUCUAGGGAUAUUCUUCCUGUCUUGAUCAAGGCAGUCAACUCUGGUGCAAAUUCAUACAUUUGCUAUGGCUGUUCUUCAGUUGUAAAUAACAUCUGUUACUUCAGUAAGCCUGAAAUGCUUCAAGAUUUGCUCAAGGAAACAAACAUAUCAAGCUUCUUGGCUGGUUUAUUGUCCCGGAAGGAUCAUCAUGUGCUAAUCUCAUCACUAAAGAUUAUCGAGAUUCUCAUGCAAAAGCUUCCGGAUGCUUACCUUGGAUCUUUUAUCAAAGAAGGUGUGGUCUAUGCGGUAGAGGCUCUUCUUAUGCAAGACGAUUGCUCAAAAUCCAGCCCCUCUGAUGGCACUGAACAAUCAGAGAACCAGCCCGCUAUAAGAAGUAAACCUACAUGUUUCUGCUAUGCAUUUGAUUCCCGCAGAUCCGAGUCUGCCGAAACAAGAACUUGUAGGAUUGGGCAGGGCAACCUUUUUAAUUUUGCAAGGCAUGUGAAGACAACUUACUUUACAGCUGAAGCAGUGAGUUCUGAGAUGGGGUUAACAGAGAUUUUGCAGAAGCUCAAAACUUGCUGUGCAGUUCUGAAUGACUCUGCAGAUAAGUCAUUAAACCAAGACGGUCUUCAAAAUGAAGAACACUUGUCUAACAUCUUGAGUGAGGUGAUGAUGGAGCUUCACGGAGGAGAAACGAUGACAACCUUUGAAUUCCUUGAGAGUGGACUGGUCAAAUCUUUGUUGAAUUACCUGUCUAAUGGCAUAUACCUCCAGGUGGAUGACAAUCUCAAAGACAACAAUGCUGACCAUUUUUAUGCUGUGCUAAAAAGAUUUCAAUCAUUUGCCCAUAUUUGUUUUUCAAGAAUGGAGCAAGGGUGGGGUGAUAUGCUCUUGACACUACUAGUAAGGAAACUACAGAGUGCUCUUACUUCUAUUGACAACUUCCCAGUGAUAAUGAGCCAUAAUUUCAAGCCAAGGAACAAUAUUUCUGAUAUCCCUAUUAGGCACUCAACAAUUACUCCAUGUAUCCGAGUACGUUUCAAGAAGGACGAAGAUGAAACAAACUUAUCAAGCUAUGAUAAUGCUGUGAAUUUGGAAAUCUCUUCUUCCUUGAAUUCCAUUGAACAAUUUUUGUGGCCCAAAGUCAGCACAAGCACAAGCGAUCAGGAUACUGAAUCAUCACCUAGUAGUGUUGCUUCCGAGAGCAAAUAUACUGAAGAUGAUCCUCAAGAAAGAGAUUCCAGCCCAGAUUCUUCUCCUCCAUCAGAGGGUAUCACCAGGGAAAAUCAAAAUUCUCCUGUAGAACCUUGCGCAAAGAAAGUGUCCUCAUCCUCUGCUGGGGGUCAACCAGAAAGAAACAAGGUGAUCGGGACUGAUCGCGCUGUGCAACCAAAACUGGCAUUUAGCCUGAAAGGAAAAGAGCUUGACCGAUCUGUUACUCUUUAUCAAUCAAUCCUGCAAGAUCAGAUCAACGUGGGAGCUGAUGUAGUUUUGGACACCCAGUUUUGGUACAGUGUGCAUGAUGUAACAUUUCGAAUGGCUGCAAAUCCAGAAAGAGAUGAUUGUCCUGAUUCGUCUAAUGCACCAAUAUCAACAAAUGACAGUAAAACAGGGUUGAUGUGGCAGGCACUCCCUUCCUUCAGCAGCUUGUUGCUUGGCAAGAUUUCAUGCAAAAUUGAUAAGUCAAGUCCAUCAUAUGACAUAUUGUUUAUGCUAAAAGUCUUAGAAGGAUUAAACCGAUUCUCAUUUCACCUCGUGUCUAAUGAGAGAAACCAUGCUUUUGCUCAAGGAAGGAUAACUAACCUUGAUGAUCUGAAGCCUUCUGUUUCUUCAGUUCCACUGCAGGAGUUUGUUAGUGCAAAAUUGACAGAUAAACUGGAGCAACAGAUGCAUGAUCCCUUGGUUUCAAGGUCUCGCUGUCUACCUUUAUGGUGCACUGAACUGAUGUCCACAUGCCCUUUCUUAUUUUCUUUUGAGGCACGAUGGAAGUAUUUCCAGCUGACAGCAUUUGGUUCUUCAUCAAUACAACAUGGGCACAUGAGGGAUACAAGUGGAAACAAUAUAGCAACGGAAAGAAGCCCGUCCUUUUCACGGAAAAAGUUCAAAGUUGAUCGCAACGAUAUACUGGUUUCAGCAGCAAAAGUGAUGCGUUCUUAUGCUCGGAGUAAUGCACUGCUUGAAGUAGAAUAUGAAGAAGAAGUAGGCACAGGUUUGGGUCCUACAAUGGAAUUCUAUACAUUGAUAAGUCAUGAGUUUCAGAAGUCUGGGUUAGGCAUGUGGAGGGGAGAGCUUCCUUGUGAAGCUCGCACUGACAAAACUCACAUUGGUCCCCGAACUGUGGUCGCGCCUAAUGGACUAUUUCCUCGACCCUGGUCUGCUUCUGUAGAACUUCCUUCGGAAGUAAAAAAUAGAUUUCACCUCCUUGGUUUGGUUCUCGCAAAGGCAAUUAAAGAUGGCAGAAUUCUUGACAUUCCAUUCUCCAAAGCAUUUUACAAGCUUAUCCUAGGACAGGAGCUUAAUAUAUAUGAUAUCAAUUCAUUUGAUCCUGAACUGGCAACGACCCUUAUGGAGUUUAAAGCACUUACUUGUCAAAGGAAAUACUUAGAAUCAUGUUCGACAAAGGAAUGCCAGAGCCCAUCUGAUUUGUCUUAUCGAGGUUGUACAAUUGAGGAUCUUGCUAUUGACUUCACUGUCCCUGGGUAUCCAGAGUAUGUGCUUUCUCUGGAGAGUAGCUCAGAUAAUGUAACCGCUGAGAAUUUGGAAGAAUAUGUUUCUUUUGUUGUCGAGGCAACAGUUAAAAAUGGAAUCUCAAGACAACUGGAAGCUUUUAAGUCAGGAUUUAGUCAGGUAUUUCCACUAAGCACACUUCAGGUAUUCUCAGAGGAUGAGCUGGAGAGAUUACUCUGUGGAGAACAAGACAAUUGGGAUUUUGUGAAACUUGUUGAUCACAUAAAAUUUGAUCAUGGCUACACCUCCAGCAGCCCUGCAGUCAUCAAUUUGUUAGAGAUCAUACAAGAGUUCGGAUGCCAUGAGCGCAGAGCUUUCUUGCAAUUUAUAACGGGUUCACCUCGACUCCCUCCAGGUGGUUUAGCUGCACUGAAUCCUAAUUUGACAGUUGUCCGGAAGCAUAGCAACAACGAUGCUGAGGAUGACCUGCCGAGUGUGAUGACUUGCGCUAACUAUCUCAAGUUACCUGCCUACUGUUCGAAGGAAAGGAUGAGGGAGAAGCUGCUGUACGCAAUUACGGAAGGCCAGGGGUCCUUCCACCUAUCUUGAUUGGAAACCAGUAGCAACGCGCGCCACACGCAGUAGAAGUUCGUGCGUGCUUUGUAAGUAUUAUCACGUAGGGGGAAAACAUAGCGUAGAAGUGGGAGGCUCGCUGCUUAACUUAUGGUGCGUGUCGGUGGAGCUGAUGUUAGGAGGUGAAGAAAACAGAGGACGCCCCGCCCGUCCUAUCUAUCCUUGUUUGUACAUAGUGGUAGAACAGGUAGAAGCCUUUAGGUGUGUGUGCUCCCAGGUGGUCGCGCACAUGGCGACCGCCGUUAACUUACCUCGCUGCUAUUUAUGUGGUCAUCUUUUGCUGUACAUAUACGUGGCCGCAAGUGCUAUUGCUAUCUAUCUAUAUAUAUCUUUCUGAGCUGGUGUUCUUA